GAGACUUUUUUGAGGGAAGAACGGGGAGAAGAGGGAGAAUGGGACGAAUGGGGGAGAAGAGGAAACGUGGGUCCCCUUUUUUUUUCGUACGCCCUCCUCCCUCCCACUCGUCCCAUUAAAGGUCCCAGGUAAAGUGAAGCUGAAAAGUGCGACAAACUAAUUUUAGACCUUUCAAAAGAAAUGGAAAAACAUUCAACCCAGGUUGUUGUUGUGGGCUCCUUCAUGUCUGAUGUUGUCACGUAUGUAAACCGUUUGCCAAAUGGAGGAGAAACAAUUAUUGGAAGCCAACUAGUUUUGUGCUGUGGUGGUAAAGGAGCAAAUCAGUGUGUCACUGCUGCUCGUUUAGGUGCUAAAACAUCUAUGGUUGGAAAGUUAGGAAAAGAUUCUUUUGGAGAAGAGCACUUGAAAACCAUGACAACUGAGAGGGUAGACACAACUCACAUAACUUUCACAGAUGAAGCAUUGACAGGUGUAGGUCAGCUGACUGUUUUACCCGAUGGAAAAAAUAGAGUGAUCACCGUAAGCGGAGCUAAUGCAUACCUGACCGUCGACGAUAUUAUAUCCGCAAAGACGAUGAUUUCUACUGCCCAAGUGAUGUUGUGUGAAAAUCAAAUUGAAAAGGAGACAGCGCUAGCUGCUCUUCAGAUGGCGAAUGAUUUGGGAGUUCUAACAAUACUGAAUGCUGCACCUGCCUGUUCUGAUUUGGAUGCAAAGUUUUUUAAGCUCAGUGACAUAUUUUGUGUCAAUGAAACUGAGGCUGAAGUAACGAGUGGACUUCCAGUUCGAUCUUUAGACGAAGCUGCUGCUUCAGCAAGGUGUUUGUUGGAGAAAGGUUGUAAGAAUCACGUACUGAUUACACUGGGAGAUCAAGGCGCUGUUUUGCUGUCUAGACAAGAUGCGAAUAAACCUGUUCAUAUAAAGACGCCUAACGUGUCUGCGAUUGACACCACUGGAGCUGGAGACUGUUUUCUAGGAGCAUUGGCGUUUUUCCUUGCAACGCGCCCGGAACUUUCUCUCGUUAAAGCAAUAGAAUAUGCCUGUGUUGUAUCUUCAGUGAGCGUACAACGUAAUGGGACUCAACCUAGCUUCCCCAAAUGGAAUGAAUUGUCUGAAUUAUUUCCUCUUUAAUUAUGGCGGGCAUGGCAUCUUUUUCAAAAAUUAUUUUGUGUUAAUAAAAAUGAAAUAAUUAAUUAAGGAAAACGUUAUUUGUUUUGUAGUUAACCCAGUAAACAAUUAUAUACAUCUAAAAAUGUAACCGUAAAUACAAAAAUAAAAAUAUAAAAAUGUUCCGGUUGCGAUUUAAAUUGUUUAAGUGUAUUUCUUUGCAUGGCUUAAAUUGUACACAUGGUUACCUUUUUUUAUUUUAAGAAGAAUCUUUAAUCUUUUAAUCUCAAUUAUAAUGUUAUUAUAAAUUCUUGUGAAAUGUGUGAAUGAAUGGAAUAAAUGAAUAAAGUUGAA